AUGCAAUUAAAAGAUUUUUAUUUGACUGUCACAAAGAGUGAAGAGAAUGCCACUGCAUUUUUAAGGGAGCACGGUUUAUUAGACACUGUCGAAGAAACAUUGCCAUGUCAUAAGUGUGGUUCUGAAAUGGAUAGAAAACGAGAUCGAGGAGGUGACUUUCGUCCUCUUCUUCGGUGCAAAAAAAAGGAUGUCAGACCACUCGUAUAG